AUGGGCAAGUUCCACCACCGGUUGUAUAAAACCGACCGUGCCAGGGACUUCGAUCAUGAGCAGGAUCGAUUUGUUCGCAUGCGACAGAUCUAUGAGACUAUCGACAGACAGAAGUUUCAAUGGAUUGUCGUGUUGGUCGCUGGUCUUGGGUUCUUCCUCGAUGGUUACACACUAUUUGCCGGUAAUGUGGCCAUACCGAUGAUCUCCUAUGUGUACUGGAGAGACGACACUUCCUCACUACGACUCACCGGCAUCAAUAUCGCAACACUUGGUGGGACCCUGUUAGGGCAAGUGGCAUUUGGUUUUCUAGCCGAUAAAAAUGGGCGGAAGAAGAUGUACGGUGUGGAAUUGGUACUCCUCAUUACAGCCACCCUGGGUGUGGUCAUGUCCUCGACAGGUGUGGACGGCAGCAUGAACGUCUUCGCAUGGCUUGUUUGGUGGAGAAUCUGUGUCGGUAUUGGAGUUGGCGCAGAUUAUCCACUCAGUGCAGUGAUCACGUCUGAAUUUGCCCCUACCAAGCACAGAGCCCGCAUGCUGGCCACCGUCUUCUUCAUGCAGCCACUCGGUCAGAUCGCAGGUAACAUUGUCUCCUUGAUUGUCAUCGCGGUGGCUCGCAGUAAUAGCAGUCCGGGUGAAGACCUUACCCGCACUGUUGAUAUAAUGUGGCGCUGGGUGAUCGCCAUUGGAGUCGUGCCCGGCGUAGUCGCUACUCUUUUCCGGUUCGCCAUCCCAGAGAGUCCUCGCUACCUAGUCGAUAUCGUGGACGAUCCCGUCACUGCGGAGUUUGAUGCAACCACGCUUUUCAGUGACACGCCUGGUAUAAUUGAUUCUGGGGGCUGGGGAACGACCGCUACAUGCAGUGCCGGUAGCGCGAUUCAACUACCCCCGAUCUCAUCCAUUGCUAGCAGUUCGACCUUCGAUAUUGAUGACGACGAUGAGUUCACCCGCCUCCCCCCCGCCACCCUCAACUCUCACUGGCGUUUGGCACGCACCGACAUCAUACGGUACUUCUGGACAGAAGGAAACUGGCGCCAUCUGGCUGGUUGCUCUCUCGCUUGGCUCCUUCUUGACUUUGGCUUUUACGGUAUUGGAUUGUCGAGCCCUCAAUUUUUAGCAAAGACGUGGGGCGAACUUCAUAUCACUCGUGCCGCACCGAACUGGAAGACCGACGAGACACCAAAUGCCAAUCUCUACGAUAUGUUCAUGCAUACCUCUGUGCGUGGGCUGAUUGUGCUCAAUAUCGGGAGUUUUGUCGGGGGCAUACUGCUCAUCAUGUUUGCCCAGAAGCUGGAUCGUGUUGCCCUGCAGAAGUACAUGUUCCUCGGGCUGGCGGCUUUGUUCAUCGCCCUGGGGACCCUGUUCGUCUUGGCAUUGUAUAUUGUCGGCCAAAUCUUGUUCAACUUUGGUCCCAAUGGAACAACCUAUAUGAUACCCGCCGAGAUCUUCCCAACCCGAUACCGCGCAAGCUGUCACGGCAUCAGCGCUGGGGCCGGAAAGCUUGGCUCUAUUCUCGUACAGAUCUUCUCAACGUUCUACCACUUUGGCUCAGGGCCAGGUCCCGAAGCAACCCGCAUGCACGGCAUUGUUCUCCUUGUCUUCAGCGCCUGUAUGAUCCUUGGCGCAAUCGUCACACACUACUGGAUUCCACCAAUUCAACAAAAACGGAAUGGCAGAACCAAGCUUUGGGGUGGUACUCCCGAGACUCUUGAGAGCUUGUCUCUUGGCAGAAUGGGACGCAGGAGUCGGGAUGCCGAUUGUCGGAAACGGACAUCACGGCAUCGGGCCCUUUCAAUGAGUGCCUAG